AUUGAUCCGUGAGCCAGUCCUGUCUUAGUGUGGUGGCUGGAAGACAGCGGAAGGUGGAUCCGGGCUCUGAAAUGCCGUCAUUUUGAUGUUUGAAUUCAUCUUCCUGCUUGCAAGACAGGAUUCUAAUAACUCGGUGUCCAAGGCGAGAUUCAGCAGCUCUUCUGAAAGCGCCGCCUGACCACAUGGAGGCUGUUGCCAAGUUCGAUUUCAUGGCGUCCGGGGAGGAUGAACUGAGCUUCCACACUGGGGAUGUUCUGAAGAUCCUAAGUAACCAAGAGGAGUGGUUCAAGGCAGAGCUCGGCAGCCAAGAAGGCUACGUGCCCAAGAAUUUUAUAGACAUCCAGAUUCCUGAAUGGUUUCACGAAGGCCUCUCUCGACACCAGGCUGAGAACUUACUCAUGGACAAGGAGGUUGGCUUCUUCAUCAUCCGGGCCAGCCAGAGUUCCCCUGGGGACUUCUCCAUCUCUGUCAGGCAUGAGGACGACGUCCAACACUUCAAAGUCAUGAGGGACAGCAAGGGCCACUACUUCCUGUGGACCGAGAAGUUCCCGUCCCUCAACAAGCUGGUGGACUAUUACCGGACGGCCUCCAUCUCCCGGCAGAAGCAGAUCUUCCUGAGGGACAGAGCCCACGAUGACCAGGGCCCUCGGGGCAGCAGCCUGGACCGGCGCGCGCAGGGAGGCCCCCAUCUCAGCGGGGCCCUGGGGGAGGAGGCCCGGCCGUCCAUGCACAGGAAGCUGUCAGACCAGCCCGCGCCCGCGUCCGCCCAGUACCCCCCGGGACCGCCGGCCCCACACCAGCGCUACCUCCAGCACCCCCACUUUCACCAGGACCGCCGUGGAGGCAGCCUGGACAUCAACGACGGCCACACGGGCCCGGGCACGCCCAGCGAGAUGAACGCGGCACUCAUGCACCGCCGGCACACGGACCCUGUGCAGCUGCAGAUGGUCGGGCGCGUGCGGUGGGCCCGGGCGCUGUACGACUUCGAGGCGCUGGAGGGUGACGAGCUGAGCCUGCGCUGCGGGGAAGUGGUCGAGGUCCUGGACAGCUCGAACCCGUCCUGGUGGACCGGCCGCCUGCACAACAAGCUGGGCCUCUUCCCCGCCAACUACGUGGCCCCUCUGAGCCGGUGAAGACCCCGAGGGGCUCCCAGGCGAGGAAGACGGCUCGAGAGCCUAGACACUCACGGACCCGGGUGGACCCUCAGACACCGGCCGCCCCGAGUCUUCGUCAUCGUCGUCAUCGUCGCGGUCGGGACAGUAACUUAUUGACGAUUUAGUUGGACGAUUGGUCGGUAGGGGAAGAACUAGGUGGAGAAUCAGUCACGGGAGGGGGCGGGGCCGGGCUGGGAAAGAAACGGGAAUCCUCCCUGUCUUGACUCGGGACCUGCUUCCUCCUCGCAGGUGCAGGGGCUGGGGGCCUGGGGGUCCUGCCCCCCUUCCCUCCUGUCGGCCUACCCCCACCCCAUCCCCCUGACCCGCACUGGCUUGAGAAAAAAGGUACAACCCUGAAAUCCUGAGCUGGGGCCAGAAGGAGGGUGAAGGAGGGUGGGAUUCACAGGGGUCCAAGGCCCCGGGCCCUGCCAGGCGCCUGCACAGGGCGCCCACCACCCCCCAGGGCCCCCCCAACUCCCUGGCCCCCUCGCCCCAAACCAUCAUUCCUCAUCUAGUUCCUGUCGCUGAGGCCGAGGCUGAGCUGAGAGGGGGGCUUCCUCAGGGGAACCCGAGUCUCCGGGAAGCAGCACCCCACGCGCCCCGAGUGGUUUCGGGAGCCACAGCCAGGGGGCGCCCUCCGCCAGUCCGGCCCGGCCCAGGCACCUCCGAGACUCGGUUUCUCUCCCCUCUUGGCUUCCUGCGGUUUGCAGCACUGAGGGGUUGAACAAGGGUGCAAGCGGGCAGUGAGAGCGGCUUCCCGCUCUGCUGUACCACGGCCACCACCUGGUCCCACAGCUGCCCCUGGGGCGAGGAGCCCCACGACCACCCUCGUCCCCCGCCCCAACUGCCCCCAGCAGUUUGCCCUGUGCUCACCCCAGGCAGAGCACUGGCCAAGGAGGCUCAGGGGAGCCAGGGAGCAAGCAGGAGUGUGUGCGCAUGUCUGCAUGCAUGUACAUGUAUACCCUGUGCAUCCACGUGGUUGCAUGCACACGUGUGCAUGGAGACCCGAGGACAGCGGCGGUGAGGAGCCCGAGGAAGGCGCCUCCGUUCUUUGUCCUCUUCCUCCCCUGGGGACGGAGGGGGCCACCUUGGGUGCAGGCGAUGGAGGAAGAAAAAGAAUUCCUGACUCCGAAGCAACUGUCAGCCUUUGACUCUGAGUUCCACGCCUCCCUGCCCCCCCCGGCCGCCUUUGGAGACAGAAAGGGGUGGGGUGGGGGGGAGAGCCACUGUGCUGGGUCCUUGUGGGGGCAGAGGAAAUGGCCCGAGAGAGGCCUCGGGAGCGGGAGCACAGAGUGGCUGGAGCCUUGGGGAAGGAAAACGCGGCCGGGAGACGCCAGCCCAGACGUCUGCAGAGAUCGAGGGGCGGGCGAAGGGGCAGGGGGAUGAGGGCUGUAGGACAGAGGUAGUGAUCUGGGCCAGGCAGGGAGCCCCGCCACACACACACACACACACACACACACACACACACACACACAGCAGGUGGGAGGGGAAGGUCUGAGCAGAGAAGUGAGGUGGGGGCUGGGCAGAGCACCCGACGAGAGAGGACGGGCAGAGGAGGCCGAGGCGGCUAUUUUGGUGCUCGGGAUCGUGGACACGUCCGUCCGUCCCAGUACAUAAAGGCAGUGUCUGAUGUCACCGUGUUUACAAACCAGAUGCUCCAAGCCGUGAGGGGGUGGGAGGGCCCCAGCCCCACGUACAGGCAGAGGGAAAAGGCGGGGUGCUGGCCCGGAUUCUUGGCCCUGACACUCUCCUCCAAAGAGCAGAAAUCAAGCCAGCAUCCUUUGGGGCCGGAGAUGGAGACGGUACAGCAGGGAGGGCGACUGCCUGGUACAUGCCCGCCCCGGGCUUAAUCCCCAGCAUCCCAGAUGGUCUCGGGUACCACCCGGAGCGCUUCCUGAGUGCAGAGCCACAAAGGGAAGCGAGUGUCCUCAUUCUGCCUGGUGUCUGUCACACGGCCCGUGGCGGGGAGGGGGGGAGCACAGGGCUGGGGGCGGGCCAGCCUGGCGAGACGGCCCCAGGCAGGGGCUGAGCCUUGGGGCGAGGGUUCUGCCUCACCCCAAGAAGGUCACUGGGGGCAUCUUGUGUGAGGGGAGGAGAGGGUCACCCUCCGUGUUCCGGAAGGAAGCCCCAAGCGUCAGGGCCCAGAGGACAAGGAGGAUGUCACCUCGCAGCCUGGCUGGGCACCGGGGGACGCUGACUCCGCUUGGCUCCCAGUGCCAGCCCGGUGCCACCCAGCACUGGGCCUCUCAGCACCGGGACUUGUGGCAGGUCAGAAAACCCACUGGAUUUGGCCUGGAAUGUUCCGCAGGGCGGGGGUUGCCAGUUCCCGUCAGAUGAGUUGGGUUUCCCCGGCCAGGACUGAGCCCCAGCCCCGCCCACCCGGGGGCCAGCCCCAGGCGCUGCUUCUCAGGAGGGAGGCACC